AUUCAUUUUCUUCCACUUCGGCAGUGCGAGUCGUGUGUGAUGAGUGACAGUGCAACGCCGUCUGGCUCUACUCUGAAUCCCGCGUUGGUUCACGCCCGCCGAAGAAGCUCUACGGCGCCUCCACCGCAAUGGAUGACUCACGAGGCGUCCCCUAAAACAGCCUUCAUCACUGGGGCUUCCUCUGGCCUCGGACUGGCUCUUGUCAAAGCCUUUAGCGAAUCAAACUUUAAGGUGAUAGCAUCGUGCAAAGAACCGAGUGAGUCGGAUGAAUUGUCGCAGCUCCUCAGCGACAAUGGCUUUCCUCCGCCGGUACAAAUGAUCGUCAGCGAACCGGACAGCGUCGAUCGCGCCUUCAAAAUCACCCGCGAGCUCACGUCGUGCAUCGACGUCUUCAUAAACAACGCAGGGAUCCUAACAUUCAACCGAUCGCCCUAUGACCCGGUCAUGGAGAUCGGCGUGAACGAGAUGAUGCGGGUGUACGAGGUCAAUGUGGUCGGAUGCCUUAAGGUCACGCAAACUUUCAUGCCGCUCGUGCAGGCUUCAUGGCGUCACCCAACUAUCAUCAACAUCUCGUCCCCGCUCGGGUCCCUCGAGCUGAACCACGGCGGCAUCCUGGCGCCGUACCGCUGCUCCAAGGCCGCCCUCAACAUGCUCACUAAGUCGUUCGCGCUCGAAAUGCCGUCCGUCGUGUUCCUGUCGGUGUCCCCGCGGCAGUGGAACUACAUCCCGGCCGGCGCCUCGGACCCGACGGACCCCCUGCAGCCCAUCAAGCAGGACAGGCGCUACAGCCACCAGCUGGACGAGGGCUCGAGCCUGACCCACGCUGCCGAACCCGUUGCCGACGACCGGACAACCCCUUUUCUCGAAGACGCUUUUCAUAUCGUGAAGCUGGCCAAUUGCGCGCGGAAAGAUAUUUCUGGCAGCUUUUUCUACCCCGACGGCGAGAUGGUCCCGUUUUGAACCUCAGAAAUGCCUGUUUCCGCUGAUUGCGCUUAAUCCUUUUCCCUGCACCCCCACCCCGUUAUAACGAACAGCGUUACCGUAGUCACGUGAAGCACUGUAGAUUUCCUAGCAUUCCGUGAAAAUACCGGAAACCCUCGAGAGAAUCAAAAUAAAGACGCUAUAAUCAA